AUCAACAAUGUAGACAGUUUUUAUUAAAUAUUUAAUAUUUCUCAAGAGGAUAUAUAGCGCUAUCUUUACAGGUAUAAAUUAACAAAAAAUCGGUUACCACUUGUUUGGUUGACGUGCCCUAUCAAUGUGUAUUUCAUCUAUGUACUCAAUUAGUUGAUAAGCAAUAUUCUUGAUAAACAGUGGAGUUGAUGCCGCUCUUGGCAUUGAAGUGAUAUUUUCUGUGUUAUCUUAAAUACAAGUUUGAACAUGUUUUUAAAUACAUAAUUAUUUUCAAUAAUUCAAUCAAUACAGAGCAAUUUGAUUAAUUAUUUUAAGAUUUUAUGAAAUAAAUAUUAUUUAAUGUAAUAUAUAGUAAUCUAAUGCUUCACAUUUUGUAAGGAAAUUGAAAAUUAUUGUAUUUUUCUAAAAUGUCGGAAGAUAUCCGUGAUAUAUUAGACAUAGAUCGCAAUGCAGGACCACAGGUCUCUAAGGAUGAUAUACUUGGUGUACAAACUAAAAAAAAAAUGUCAUUGCCAUCAGCUACUAGGCAAACACGAAGACCGGAGGGAAUGGCACGUGAAGUUUUUGCACUACUAUAUAAUGACAAAAAAGAUAUUCCACCUGUUAUUGAAACAGAAACGGGGCCUACUUAUAAACUCCAAAAAGCUCGUUUAGGGAUGAGACGUGUUCGACCAUGGAUAUGGACUCCCUUUGUUAAUCCAGCCCGUGAAGAUAAGGUGGCUUUUUAUCAUUGGCGAAGAGUGGCAGAUGAAGGAAAAGAAUAUCCCUUUGCAAAAUUUAAUAAGAAAAUUGAAAUUUUGAAGUAUACUGAAACUGAAUAUAAGGAAAAUUUACAAUCUGAGUCAUGGAGUCGGGAAGAAACUGACCGCUUAUUUGACAUGUGUCAACGAUUUGAUUUACGAUUUAUAGUCAUUCAAGGUCGGUGGAAUUAUGGUGAAUAUGAAAAUACUAUUAAACGAACUACUGAAGACUUAAAAGAUAGAUACUAUUCUGUAUGUAACACGUUGACAAAAAUAAGAGGUGGAAAUGUUAAUGAAACAAAAAUGUAUGAUGCAGACCACGAAACUCGUAGAAAGCAACAGCUUGAAAGACUUUAUAACAGAACUCCUAAACAAAUUGAAGAGGAACAAAUACUUAUACAAGAACAAAGAAAAAUUGAAGCAAGAAAACGGGAAAGAGAUCGUAAGACUCAAGAUUUACAGAAACUAAUAAGUGCUGUUGACAAACAAAAUGAGAGUCGAAAAAGCUUAAAAAGUGAUAAAAAGACACCUCAUCAUCGUAAGCGUUUACCUGUAACUGUCAGGCCAACAAGAGUUGAUCCUAAUAAUUUUGAGGCUACAACUAUAAAAUUUCCUGAUAUUAAGAAUAGUGGUGUAUCUACAAGAUCACAAAGAAUGAAAAUACCCGCUAAUGUUAGUCAAAAGAAAGUAAAAAAUGUUGAGCAAGCAUUACAAUCCUUAAAAAUAAAACUUAAUCCUAUUCCAACUGAGGAUAUUUGCCAGAAUUAUAAUGAUUUACGAAAUGAAAUCGUUUUGCUAAACGAACUUAAAGCAGCUUGUAGUUCUAGUGAAUUUGAAUUGCAAACCUUAAAACAUCAAUAUGAAACACUUAAUCCUGAAGGUAUUUUAAAAAUUUCUCCUGAAUUAAUGCAAGAACUUGCUAGCUUAAGUGUCGAUGAAGAUGAAAUUGGAGUAAAAAGUAAUGAAAAUAAAAAGGAGGAAGAUCAAUCAAUGGACUUGUCUAAUUCAAUUUCAGAUCCAAUUCCUAGUAGUGUAUUAGACAUUAUUUAAAAUUCUAAAUUAAUGUAUUAUUAAAUAUAAAUGUUAUAACUAUAAUUGUAAUAUUUUUAAGUAACUUUAAGAUACCAUUACAUAUUAAAUUUUGUAUGAUAAAAUUACAAAAUAUAAAUUAUAAAUAUUGAUUUCUUAAA